CUCUCCUUGGCAUCUUUUCGCACCCUCCGUGAUGGACAUAUAGGAACACGGCCACUGUUUUGAUCACCCAGUCCCCAGCUGGUACUGCAAAUACACCCGCCCCCAUCCGUACCGAAACUUUCAGAGCGGCGGCUGAAACACCGGAAGUGGAUGCCCACGUGACCCACCCGAUCCCCACACGGCCAUGGACCACGGCUCUCCCUCGACAUUUUUAUGAAAGCAUCCGACAGCUCUACCAGCUUUUCCAUGCUCCUCGCCGCACUGAAACACUCCUAAUCCGAUGCGGACCUGGGUGAUGGUCAACCGCCGCAAUGCUUCCACACCUACGACCUAGUCCUGCCCUGUCCCGGGUACCCGCAGCCCUUCUACGUCCGAGCCUUCCCCGCACGACGGAACUAGCACGCUGUUAUGCCACCCAGACCGGAGGAUCGGGGGCACCGAAACGGAGAAACGUCACGAUCUUGUCUGAUGAUGGGCGCUAUGAGUGGGGGGAGCUGAGCGGGAGGGAGAAGGUUGCACGGGCCACGCAGCAAUCGUUCAACUUUGUUGUUAUUGUCGCGGGUGCUGUGUUGACGGGCGGUGUUUUCUAUCUGCUGUAUACGGAGGUCUUCUCUCCGAACAGCAAGACUUGGCAGUUUGAAAAGGCUGUCGAGCGCAUAAAGGACGACGCGCGCUGUACGGAUCUUCUCGGUGACCGGAGGGAAAUCAAGUUCUAUGGUGACAAUACCUGGAGUAGAUGGGCGCGGAGUCGCCCUAUUGCGAGUUCUAUCUAUCAGGACCGAUUGGGUCGCGAACAUCUGAAGAUGAACUUCCAUGUCGAGGGUCCGCUUAAUUCCGGUACCGUGUUCGUACACAUGAUGAAACCUUUGGACCACCACGAAUGGGAAUAUCAGCUUCUUGCCUUGGAAGUGCCGGGACAUUCCCGUAUUGUUCUAGAGCAAGCCCGCGAGAAACCCGGAGUCGGACAGGCACUCAAAAUCUUCGGCAUACGGUGGCGGUAGAUUGGAGCGGUUUGCCGAUCUUUUAGCUGCAUUUUGCAGUUGCGGAUUCAGUCAUUGAAACAAACGGAAUAUAUAGGCUGGGCUGUGUUUGGGUUUGAAAGACUAUAUGUCUGGAGCAUAAUCCACUGGCCUAUUCACCGUUGACUAAAAUUGCUGUCUGGAGGCUAUUAACAGGGAGCUUCAAGCUUUCCCUUAUUUUGCAAUGACUCUAAUGCGGUUGAGUUCUCCGAACUGUGUAUAAUUAAAUCCCUACGGGUGUACAGCAUACCAUACGAGACACAAAAAGACAACACAAAGAUAAGACAGACUCCGAGAUGUACUAUCAUCAAAGCAG